AAGCAAAGCUAAACUGGGGCUGAGGUGGGAAGGAGAAAAGAGGAAAAGGGGAGGGCGCACGGGAGAAGAUCUCUAUAAUUUCAGUUUCAGAGAGGGGAAUCAACAAUUCAUCACAUUGAAUGCAAGUAUGAGAUCGGUGCAAUCUUCGUGCAGAGAUCGAACGCACGAAUUUAACAAUGUGGCCGAGAAAUUGAAGAAAUUUAUCCCGUCGCCGGCAUCCAGCAGCGGCGCCGUCGAUGGUGGGGGAGAUGCCAAGGCCGAGGCAAGUCGGCCGGCUAUUUCUUUUCAGUCGGAGUUCAAUAAAAAAGCUUCGAAGAUUGGGCAAGGGAUUCAUCAAACCUCUCUGAAACUCUCUAAGCUUGCUAAAUUGGGAAAGAGAACAUCAGUUUUUGAUGAUCCUACACUGGAGAUUCAAGAGUUGACGGCUGUGAUCAAGCAGGACAUCACUUCACUUAAUUCUGCUGUAGUAGAUCUUCAGCUUCUCUGCAACUCCCAUAAUGAACCCGGAAACAUGUCUACGGACACUACAACCCAUUCAUCUACUGUUGUUGACAACCUGAAAAAUCGCUUAAUGAGCACCACAAAAGAGUUCAAAGAAGUCCUCACCAUGCGGACUGAGAACUUGAAGGUUCAUGAGAACAGAAGGCAGCAAUUUUUUUCUACUGCAUCGAAGGAUUCUGCCAAUCCUUUCAUUCGCCAGCGUCCUAUAGCUACUAGAGCUGCUGCUGCUAGUAGCUCUGCAUCUACAUCUCCCCCUCCAUGGGUUAACAACUAUGCUUCCUCUUAUCAGUUACCUCUUAGAGAUAAGGUGGAUGGAGAAUCCCAGCCUUUUCUACAACAGCAACAAGCUGUGCAGCAGCAGCAGCAGCAGCAACAACAGGUGGCUCCUUUACAGGACAGUUACAUGCAAAGCAGGAGUCAGGCCCUUCAUAGUGUUGAGUCAACUAUUCAUGAGUUGAGUAGCAUUUUCACCCAGUUGGCAACCAUGGUUUCUCACCAAGGAGAACUUGCAAUUAGGUUUGUUUUCUUUGCAUUCUGAUAUACUAAAACAUGUGAUUUGCUGCCUACUUUUCCUUUUUCAAUCAAACCUCCAUGGAGUUGGAAUGUCAGACUUAAAGUAUAGCAUGUAAACCUCAUUAGAUGUCAUUGUGUCUUGCCUAGGAGUUAAGACCACCCGGCCAAAAUCAACAGAGGACUAAACCAAAACCAACUGAAACGGACGUAAGUUAUUUGGUUCUGUUUUCGGUCUUACAUUACCGACCAAACUGAAUUGAUGAACACCACUACAUUAUGUACAAGGCUCAUUUGUUUUGGAGUUUGAGGCACACUUCAUGUAGCGCUUGUUGGUCCUCUAUUUAUGAUUGUAAAAUGUUUUGCAAAUGAUGCUUGUAAUACAGUAAAAAUGAACAUUCAACUCCAAUCUCCCAUCAACGUGCAAAAUACAUGCAAAACUUGAAAGCCUCUCUGUGAAAGAUUUCUGUUUUACUUUGGGAAGUUUAUGGGAGUUGACAGGAUUGAUGAAAACAUGGAGGACACACUUGCAAAUGUGGAAGGGGCACAAGGGCAAUUAGUCAGGUACUUUAACAGCAUAUCAUCCAACAGGUGGCUGAUGAUCAAGAUUUUCCUGGUAUUGAUAGUAUUCCUCAUUAUUUUCCUAUUCUUUGUAGCCUAAAUCUUUCUACAAAUCAGAGUUCAAAAGAAACAAUUUCCCCUGCCUUCUCCUUUGUUUCCUUCUUCCAAGCUAUCUGUAAUUAUGUGUACACAUAACUCAAAUACGAUGGGUUUGAAGUUUAAAUCAAGAGAGUGAUAUAAU